AUGGCCUCUGUCCUCCGCCUCGCUCGUCCCGCGGCUAUGCGCCUCGCUGCCCGCUCGACUCCCAUGGCUGCCCGCCCUAUCGUCCGCAGCUUCACCACCUCUCGUCUGAACCUCGAGAAACUGUACACCAAGGACCACGAAUGGAUUGAGAUGUCGGCCGACCGCAAAACGGCCGUCAUUGGUAUCACCGAGUACGCCGCCGAGCAGCUCGGCGACGUCGUCUACGUCGAGCUCCCCGUGGAGACGGACGACUUCAUCGAGCAGGGUGACGCCUUUGGCGCCGUCGAGUCGGUCAAGUCAGCCAGCGACAUCAACGCCCCCGUCCGCUGCAGGGUCACUGAAGGAAACAAGCUUCUCGAGGAGAAGCCCUCCACCAUCAACAAGGUCCCUGAAGACGACUCCAACAACGGAGGCUGGAUCGUCAAGGUCGAGCUCGACGAGUCGGGCGCUAACCAGGCCGACGAGCUCAUGAAUGCUCAGGCCUACAAGGACUUUACCGACUCGGAGUAA